UCUCAGAUGGGAAAACAGUUAGAUGAAGGAUCAGUUCAGUUGCCAAAGGUAGAUCAAUUGCCAAGUACCAAUGUUGAAAUGCCCUAUUUUUUUGUUGGCGACGAAGCUUUCCCUUUGAAACCAUAUCUAAUGAGGCCAUAUCCAGGGAGGCAACUAACCGAACAGAAAUCAGUUUUCAACUACAGAUUAUCACGAGCAAGACGUGUCAUAGAAAAUAGUUUUGGAAUACUUGCAAGUAGGUGGAGAGUUUAUCGCUCUCCUCUGCUAUGCUCCAUAAAAACAACAGAGGCUGUGGUAAAAGCUACAAUAUGCCUACAUAAUUAUUUGAAAACUGAGGCACCAACGACAUAUGUACCACCUACAUUAAUAGACUCCUUGAAGGAUGAUGGUGGAACAAAUACGGAUGGUGAAUGGAGAGAAAUCAUCCAAAAUGACACCAACUUGACACCAAUUGGCAGAGUGGGAGCAAAUAUAUCAACCAGUGCAACUAUGGCUUUGAGAGACAAGCUAGCAGAAUAUUUGAUAUCAGAUGCUGGAGCAGUGUCAUGGCAAAUGGCAUAUGUUAACAGAGGAAGAUUUUGAAAUAUGCUAGCAUACUGUCUAUUGUAUGGAAAUUAAAAACAUAGUAGUAUUUUUUAGUAUCAAUUUUUAUAAAUAAAAGUAGCA